AUCUGAAAAAGUUACCUUCGUAUUAAUAUAGUCUAUCCAUAUACCUUCGUAUUAUAUUAGAACACCUUCGUAAGAAAUCAGAAAAAUAGUCUACGACAGGUCCGGGAUCGUCACGGUGUGCCGUGAGCGGCAAAAUUGUACACUAAAUAAAAUAUCCUUUGACUUUAAAUACAGUCUCGAAAGUUAGUGAUCGAAGUGCACAUUUAUUACUUCGUACGAAGGUAUGGAUAGAUAGACUACAUUUGUCCCCGUAAGGACAGCCCCCUGCAAUCCCAAGUUUGCUUACCCAUUUUUGGCCGGGAAUUCGGUACCGACGCAACUGGUCCGCAACUUGAUGACGCAAAUAUGUGCUUGACGACGCUUUUCGUCAGAGAGAGAUAACAAAAUCAGAAUAACGAUGACUUCCCUCCAUCUUGAAAAGCAAGACUGCCAACAGUUUUAUUUUCGCUCGCACGUCAAUGCGCUCAAGUCCGCAACAGGUCGAUAGGCAGCAACAUGGAUCGUCUCACCGUCCAGUUUCCUCUGUGGAAAACCCCAUUUCUUCACGUAGUCGCCGGUUUCGUCAUCUCUGUGCUGAUCGCCAGCUAUGGAGAUCACGGAGAGUUUCUUUGGAAAUAUUUGCGUAUUCCUGCAGUUGCCGACUCUGGCAACUCGAUAUUUGUUGGCAUCGCAAGUUAUGUUGAUGUCGAGGUCGAUCGCACACUGGAAUUUCUCUUUGCACAGGCGAGAGAUCCAUCUCGUGUGUAUGUCGGGCUUGUUCUCCAGGAGCAUAAGGAGAAGCGUGAUGCAUUUCCAUUGUCCCGUUGGCGUAGUCAUUCCAAUGUGCGCCUUCUUGAAAUAGAGCCAGAGGCCAGCCGUGGUGCAGGCUGGGCUCGGAGCAAAAUUGCUACCCUUCACCGGGGGGAGAAGUAUUAUCUACAAUUGGAUAGUCACCACCUCUUUGUCAGUUCAUGGGAUGUGGUGUGCAUUGAACUACUCACCAAACUCGCCGCAAAGGUCCCAAAGCCGAUUCUAACGACUUACUUAACGAGCUUUCCUGAGUCAACCACGACUGUCGCAGAGUUGGUCCACCAACUACCAUGGCGGAUGACCGCGGGAUAUUGGAUGAAGCCGUUCCGAGGAAUCCUACCAAAGAAAAUCCAGUAUCUUCCUCUGCCCAUACAGAAGCACAUAUUGAUGUCGAGCAAUGGUGAACCACAGCCAACGUCAUUCUUUUCGGCGCAUUUUGUGUUUGUUCACUCGACUUGGCUUAGAGAGGUGCCCUACGACCCAUUAGUGUAUUUUGAUGGCGAAGAAGAUAGCCUUGCCAUGCGCAGCUACACUAAUGGUUACGAUAUGUUUUAUCCAGCGAUACAUAUUGGAUUUCAUCUUUAUGAGCGGAAAAACAGCACCAAACACUGGCAUGACCAUCCUCAGCUGUUCAAACAGAUGUCUGUGAACUCAAUGCUCCGCCUCAAAGCAAUCAUAGAAACGCGAGGUGGAACAUCUGGCGAUCAGAAAAAACUUGGUCGGUAUGGUUUGGGUGCUGCGAGAUCCAUUGUUGACUACCAGCACUUUGCAGGGAUCGACUACCAACGGAUGUACAUCACCACGCGUGCAAGAUAUGGAGAGGUUCUGGGUAAAUGGCCCUCAGGAAGUGUGCCGAGGCUCUGGGUACAUAAGGACGGGCAUUUCCAGAUGACUAAACGGGAAAACAGUACAGAGUUUUGGGAAGAAUGGAAGCACGGUGAAGCCUCAGGGGGAAGCGUGAAUGGCGACAUCGUUUCUGGGGAGGCAUUCAUCGUGACCUCCAGAUGGAUCGUCACUCAGAGGGACGUCUUGCCGCCUCGGCCAAACCUGCAUAUGAUUGACGUGGCCCGAGGCAUUGAGAUACAUCUAAUGCCAGAAGGAUGUUUUUAUAGAUAUCCAAACUUGACGGACUUACAAGCAAACUGGACCUUUAUGACGUACGGGCACUGGAUGUGACCGAUGCUCUCGUCAACCCAGGAGGUUUUGGUAGGUCACCACCAGCCAUCGUUCAUGUUUUUUUAGCGCGCCGUCAUGUACGAAUUCUACUUUUGGUACGACCUUCCAACCUUCGAAGGCAACAUUCUCCAAGUCAGAUAGUGAACCCUCUUUGUUUGAUGAGUAGGCUAUGCGAUAUCAUUGCUAUAUGAUAUGAUGAGAUAAUGACAUUCCAAAAUGUGGUUGCAGGAUCAGGAGCAAGAUCCACCAUCCAACUUUGUUAGUAUUCAAGUUCUCGUUGCGGAUGUGUUUGCCGGCUAGAGGUGAUCUAUGAUAUUCACCGCGUUUUGCAUCGACCAUCGCGAAAGCGAACGGUUACGCUUGUUGCAGGAACACGCAAGACGCAGUUUCCCAUCGAUUUCAAUUUCAAUGCACACCGUGAUCGAUGACGAAAGCGCAUGAUGAUACCAUGAGAGAUGAGCAAAGCUUUUCCCCCACGAGCACGGAGAAUAGAUAGCAUCGCAACACCAUCACGAACCUCAUAUGCCGCGGGUUAGCGUCAAUUAGCUGUAUCGAGUGUAUCCAUAUAUCUAUCGCAACACCAUCACAAUUGGCAUCAUUCACAAGCAACUAAGAAUAUGGUUGGUAGUUUGGAUCGGGUAUUAAUUCAUGACCGAGAGAAGAUGAACACAGUUCACCGCUUUCACUGCUUCACUUUCUCUUCGAAGGCGGAUUCCAGGCAGUUCCUUUCAACCAUUCAUUGACGCGAUAAUGAUUGUAGGAUCCCGCUGCGGUGUUCCUGUUCACAAUAGUUGAAAGAGCCUUUUUCGCAAAUAUUUUGGCUGUCGGAAACGUUCCCGAAGCUUGCAAACUCGUGUAAGUGGCAAAGAUAAAACCGCACAGCAGCGCGAGACACAUGAACAGCACUUGGGUAUCGAUGACUCCAACAGGUUCGAGCACUCGGAUUGUCGAAUUGAAGAAAGUAGUUGAGUAUUGCUCUGCACUGUCCUGAUAAAACACACUGAACUCGAUGUUGAAAUCAUGCCCAGCGAGUUGGGAUUCGAUGAAAAAAAUGUACAAAAAUGAAGCUUCCUUGCCAGGCUCCACGACGACUUCAAUCACACGUUUUGUGAAAUUUGCGACAUAGAAAGUGCCAAGGCCAGGUGCUCUGAGUGUUCCGGCUAUGUGCGUGACGGUCAGACUCGCUUCUCCGGUGUUGCGGAAACCCAAGAGCACCUGGAUGUCCUUCCCUGAUGGGAAACCACUUUGCAUCGUAUCACGGAAGAAAAAGGUGGUGUCAACGUCAUCAUUCGCCUCUGGCACGCCACGAGCGGCUUCAUAACUCUGAAAAGUAUGCUCGGCCGCUGUUGCGAAGGAACGGCAAGUUCGAAAAGAGAGAGUGACGGAUAGGUCAGAGGUGGACCGAUGAAGUUUCGCGGCAAAUACAGGACCAGAAGGGACAAAUACAGACCCGUCAAAUUCAGUCAUGAGAAAGAAAUGCUGAAAAGCGAUUGUAAGGAACGAUGCUCUGGGCCCAUAUCUUGGAUGUGUCGGAACUAACGGCAGGGCAGAAAAUUCUGAGCGGAAUGUCUGCUUCGAAAAGAGCUCGGAUUCUGGCUCUGUCCUACCCACCGAUAUGGAAUGUCAGAAAGAAAUAAGUAACGAUGCAAACGUCGCGAAGAAAUUGUCCGGGCAUAUUUCCCGGUUUCAACCGCUGCCGACAGAUGUUUCUGCAGGCCUGCCCCGGUAGGCGAGGACUUGACUCUUUACUUGCUUCGAACGCACGAAGUAUUUCUAUAUUUUAUUCAUUCAUAUUGUACGUAUGUUACCUUCAUUCGUUCCCGAAGCAAAGGUACCUUGAUUGGUACGAAGGUAAUUUAUUAAUAUCAAAAUUAACAAGAUUCGG